AUGCUGGAUGAAGAAAGCCUCAACUACCCACUCUUUCGAGAUUGUCUCUCCACCACGAUCCUCCAGCCCGCAACGCCCGCGCCGGAGCCGAAGCGCAGGAGACGAGCCAAGGCGGGGCCGACGUCACCGGCGCCGGCUGCGGUUGCGGUCGCGGAUCCGGAGCGGGACGCCCAGGAACUCGCCGAUUUCAUCGACUACCUGGCCGACGGCAUCUUUGAGAACCUCCCGCAGGACCUGCAGGAGCUGGACUACCGCUCAUGGAGGGAAUCAGAAGCGCUGCAGACGCAGUAUUCCCUGCCCCUGACGGAGGAUAGCUUAUCAGAGAUCGUUCUGCCGGCGUCCAUUUGCGAGACGCUCGUCACUUAUAACCUCAUCUCCUCAGACCCGUCUCAGCCUUCACAUCUCCCAUCCACGCCAGAGGCAUUUCUGCUUCCCAUUCUCACAGCAUAUCUCACUCCUCUCAUUGAACCACCACCGGCUACGGCAUCUACUCGCACUGAGGCCUGCGAGCUUUGCGAGCGUUCUUGGAUUCCCUUAUCAUAUCACCACCUCAUUCCUCGCUUUGUGCACGAUAAAGCCGUCAAACGCGGAUGGCAUCGUAAGGAAGACUUGCAAAACGUGGCGUGGUUGUGUGGUGCUUGUCACAGAUUCGUACACCGCUUUAGGAAUCAUGAAGACUUGGCGAGAUAUUAUUACACGGUUGAGCUGCUGUUAGAAGAAGAAGAGGUUCAGAAGUUUGCGGAGUGGGUUGGGAAGUUACGCUGGAAGGGUGGUAAGACAAGAAGUCGAAAGCAUUAG